UGUGUAUCACAUAUAUUGCAUUCGUUUGAUUAAUAACCUCUCAAACGAAAUGGGAAAAACGAUUAUUUUAUUUCCUUUAAAAAUAUAUCCAGUAAGUAAUAUUUUGACAAAGAUAAAUUGACUAAAUUCGUGAUGACGUUAUAAAAAAGAUAGGAAUUAGUAUAUAAACCGCUGAAACAGUUUGACAGUAAAUAGAGAUUCAGAUCGAACCAAGCUUUCUAGAAGCAAAUUCCAUACAACACUCAAAUCAAAAUGAGCAAAUUCAUUUUUGUCGUCGUCCUAGCUGCCUUCUGCGUAGCCAUGUUGAUCAACGAUGUGUCCGCCAAAACAUCGAUCAGUGUCAAAGGUGAAUCAAGCGUAGAUGUCGUUUCCCAAAUCAACAAUUUGGUUUCAUCUAUCGUAGCUGGUGCCAACGUGUCAGCAGCACUUCUAGCUCAAACUUUAGUUAAUAUCCUCCAAAUUCUUAUUGACGCCAAUGUUUUUGCUUAAUUUAGAUAUUCUUUAGCUUUGUAUUGCGCGCAUACAACGCAUUCGAAUAAAAUAAGUAAUAAAAUGCAAAUCGUACAGUA